AUGGAGAGGGUGAGAAUGGGGCCAAUUGGUCAUUAUCAAUGGAACCACAUCAAAUGGAAUGAGACUCGUAAUAAUGUCAUAUCGCAUAUAAACGUCUCAUUUAACAAAAAUGGAGUAACAUCCAUUCAGUUCGGAUAUGUCGUGAAUGAAGCUCUGGUCAUGUCACAAACGCACGGCAAAUCAUCAGCUGUCUGUAGCAGGAGAAUUUUGAGGCUGAACCAUGAGUCUGAGUUUGUGACGGGAAUUAGCGGGGAGGUAUACUGUGGCCGUGUUUCCUCUCUGACGUUUCAUACAAAUCAACGGACACUCGAAGCGGUUCACUUGACACUUGGUUCAGGAAAUGUAGGUCCUGAGAAGAUUGAGUUUCAUUCGGGGAUACUUGAUCGCCGUGAGUUUUUUAUUCCUUAUCAUAAACUGACUUGA